AUGUUUCAUGAUGAAACAUGGGUUAAUAUUGGAGAAGAAAAAAGAUCGAUUUGGAUUGACAAUCGGGGAAGAGGUCGGCUUAGAAAAACAGGUGGCAAAGACAUCCGUCUAGCUAUAUUGGCUAUGCUUGAUGCAAACGGAUUUCACUUACCCUCUGUGGAAAUUUUUGACUGUUCAAAAGAUCAUUCUAUGACAUCAAUGCAUUUCAUUGAAUGGGUAAAAAAAACAGCAUUUCGUCUUAGGGAGGAUAGAGAACCAACAGAGAAUUCAAAAUCUGCUAAACGAUCUAUGCGAAAGCAUGAGAUAAUCGAAUGGUUGGAUGAUCACAAAGUUGAAUUUGAUUCAACAUUGAGAAAACCAGAAUUGUUCCAGUUGGCUUCCGACAAUAAACCGAGAAAGGAAUAUAAAGUCGACAUAGUUGCGCAAGAGUUCAACGUUCAGAUAUUGCGACUACCCCGCCAUUGUUCAUUAAACCCGGUUGAAAUCGCAUGGGCUGGGUUGAAGGAGUACAUCCGUAAAAACAACACCAGUUUUUCAUUAACCGAUGUUCGUCAAUUAGCCUCCGAAUUUAUUGCUGGUUUCGAUGAUAAAGCAGCGCAAGGUACAAUGCAUUACGCUGAAAAAGUAGAAACUACUUACAAAAAAGCUGAUGAAUUUGUGGAAAAUGCUGUUGAGCCACACUUAAUCGAUGACAUCUCUGAUACCGAGAUUGACAAACUUUCCGAUAUCAGCGAUGAUCGUUCAGAGUAG